GUCUGGCAGACGCUGGACGACUGCUGAUCGUCACCCUUGACUUGUUGUCUGCGAAAAGGACUUGAUUAUGGCCUUUGACCUGGCUUUCAAACGGGUCGCUCGGCCAGUUGCUCCGCGUCGAGUCCCCAAGAAUCGCCGACUCUGCCUCUGUGCUCCAAAGAAACGCCGCGUUUUCUCUUGUUCUCUCGUCAGCCACCUCGCUGGCGAAGCUGUCUGGCAGUUCACACGAAAUCGAACGAAACUGACGCGAGUCGACGGCGAUUUCUCUCCGCUUCCCGACUUUCCUCGUUUUUCUUUCGACCUUCGCCUCUUCAGAGAACGGACGAAGUCUCUUCCGCUCCUUCUCCGGACCUCCGGGUGCCUCCGCUCGACCUUCUGCAUGUAGACAGCUUGCAGCAGCGAGGCACUGCCUUUUUCGGGCAGCUCUCUGCUCUUCUCGAAGGAUCUCAGCCACUCGGAGACGGCGCAGCAUCCGAAAGGCCGCGAAGAGGAGAAAAAACGCGUUCUCGAGAACCGCGAACGCGCUCUCCAGCGGCCAGACAGACAGGAGGGAAAAGAGAAGAAGAGAAAAGGCAACAGGGGGCACAAGGAAUGAAGGCGAAGACACGGAAAGAAGAAGAAGAGGGUCACCACCGGGUGUACGUCUUGAUGCCUCAGAUUACCGAAGAGGACAAAAACGAGGAAGGCUGUUGUCGUGUGCUUUGGACGUUUCUUGACGGUUCUUCCAGUUGUCGUUGAGCGAGAAAGACAGGGAAAACGAUCUGCGGAGAUCUGAAGAAAUCCUGUCGAAAAAUUAAUGUUCUUCUCGACGUAUCAGUUGCCUCACGACACCGUAGAGGUCUCUACCCUCCUCGGCGUUUCCACCUUUUCUUCUUCAUUCUUCCCUCCUAUUCUCUUCAGUCUCUCUCGUCCUCUGCUCUGCUACUUGCUGAUCUGGCUAUGCUGUCGAGUUGUUCGCUUCUUUUCUCUGUCGGUUCGCUUCCUUUUUGACCUGAGGUCUCUCCCCUUUUCUCUCGUUUUCCUUGUCUCCUUUCUUCGUCGAGGGGAUCAGUGUGGCAACAAGAUUUGCAGGGAGACACAGAGAGGUUUCUUUUCUCUCCUUCUUCCAGCAGAGAUCGUUCUCUUCUUUUCCUCUCCCUCCUCGAAUGGUCGUCGCCUCUCUUCUUUGUCUCCGUCCGAUUGUUUUACUUUUCGUCUCCCCUUUAAGAGAGAAAAGGCCUCCAGCUGAAGAGGAGUAUUCGCCGCCUCCACUCCCUUCUGCCUCCUUUCUCUUGGGUCCACCGAAGAAAGACGUCGCCUUUUAAAAACUCGAACCGGAAGCCUGGAAGGAAUUGCCCUCGUUCGGUUUAUCGCCGACCUCUCCUCCCGAUCGACAGAGAGAACAACAGGCUCAUGCGACAAUGUAGCGCACAGCCUUGAGAGCGAAGAGAGAGCAGGAGAGGGAGAGCACGAGAGAGAAGAAAAGGACAGAGAAGACGAGAAGAAGACGAGAAGAAGACGAGGGAGGAGCAGGACAGAGAAGAGAAGGAGAGAAGAAGAAGAGACAGCAUGCAGACAUUUAAGCAGUUUUGUACGAACUGGGUCGCCCCGGCGCUCCAGUUCGGCCAGAGGCAGUAUGUGAUUGGAACUCGGACUCUGCGAGAAGAGAGACAACUUUCUGAGGGUGGAUUCGGAUUCGUUUCCUGCGUCCGAGAUGUCUCCUCUGGAGAGACGUUCGCCUUGAAACGAAUUCUCUGUCAAGAGAAAGAACGCUACAGGGUGGCCCGUGCAGAGGCGAAACUCAUGGAGUCUUUGCCUCCCCACCCAAACAUUGUGGGGUUUUUCGGUGCAGCUGUCGAGACAGUGGCCGCUACGUCCACGACCGGCUCUGCUCGGGAGGUUCUUCUGCUCCUGGAACUGUGCGAGGGAGGCCAUCUCCUUGAUCUCCUCGACAGACAUAAUGGGUCUCUUAAAGAGGAGUGGAUUCUCCACAUCGUCAAGGAAAUCACAGCAGGCCUCGCGCAUUUGCAUUCGCAGCCGACGCCCGUCGCUCACCGAGACCUGAAAAUCGAGAACGUGCUCUGCUGCGAGAAAAACAGAGACUCUGAGGGACGCCGGGAGAGAGAAGACAAGCGCGGAGACAAAGGCGGCAGAGAAGAGAAGAGCGAGGAAAGAACUGGAGAGACCCCGGAGGGAAAGUCACCUCUCGAUUUCUCUUUUAAAUUGUGCGACUUCGGAAGCAGCAACACCCGCCAAGUCGACACAGCCUGCUGCUCCCGGGAGGAACUCCUCAGAACAGAGGACGAAAUCGAACGCAACACAACUCUCAUGUACAGGCCUCCAGAGAUGGUCGACGUCUACCGCGGUCUCCUCAUCGGGCCUCAGGCCGACAUGUGGAUGCUCGGGUGUAUUCUGUACACUCUUUGCUUCUUUCGGCACCCUUUUCAAGACGCGUCUUCUCUGGCGAUCGCCAACGCGAACUACACAGUUCCGAGCAACAAAUACAGCGAAGAGUUGAUCGACUUGCUUCACUGGCUUCUCUCUGCGGAUCCGAACGACCGCCCAACGUCUGCCCAGUUGCUGUCUCUUCUGGACUCCUCGUCGCUCGAAGAACGCAUGCGGGAGAGACGGCAGUGCAUGCGCGAGGGGAGACGAAGAGGAGACAAAGCUGGGCGGCGCCGCGCGGAGAAGAAGGAGAAGAAACCUUCUGGCGAUGCGGAAGAGAAACAGGGCAAGCAGAAAUCUGCCAAGUCCGACUUGUCUCACAGCAGCGACGAACAGUCUUUCGCCUUCCCUUCUUCUACACACUCGUCAGACGACCUCUUCUCAACUCUCGUCUCUAACGUCGCUCCUGCUUCCUCCAGCCCACAUUCGUCCUCGCCGUCUUCGACUUCUAACUCUUCUUCUUCUGCUACGAAUUCUUCUUCUUCUGUUACGAACUCUUCUUCUGCGACCAACUCUUCUUCUGCUACGAACUCUUCUUCGUCCUUUCUUCUUUCGGUUUUUGAAGGCAGUGACUCUGCCUGGUUUCCGUCGGAGGACUCUUGGCAACGAAAGACGCCGGGAGACAAAGAGACGUUUCCCUCAGGUUUCUCUGGACAGAACGAAGAAUCAUGGCAAGACAGCGCGAGUUUCUUCAGCUGGGGAGAGAACGGAGGCGGGCAGAGUGUCAAGCCAUCCGAAGACUUCUUCGGAGGAGACGCAGAUCCGUUCUUGAAGACAGAGCCUCUGGAGUGGGGAGAGCACACAGUCCCGAGCUUCCCUGGCUGGUGCGAAGACGAGAAGCCGGAAAAGCCAUCGGAGCUGGAGAACGACUCGUCGAAAGCGCCAAGCAGAAAGUCAAAGAAAGACUCAGAGUCGAAGAGCGAAAACGGCACCGCCGACGCGUGGAGAGAUCGAGGCUUCGCCGCUGGUGGCAACGGAAGUUCUUCUCUCGCAGCGUCUCCAUCUUGCUCCACUGCGGUCGACAUCUUCCACACUGUUUCCUCCAGCCCUUCUGUUUCGUCCAGCCAUUCUGCUUCGUCAUCUUCUUCCUCAAAGGCAACUCUGUCGUUGCCUGUCGCGUCUUCUCGAGGCGUUGAUGAUCUCACUCUGGAGCAGCCCCCGCGGAGUCGUUCUCAGCUCCUUUCCUCGCCGACCGCCGGCUAUAAUACGAGGCGCGUAUCGCAGGCGCCUUCUCCGUUCAACGCCAGAGCCGUGUCUCUUUCUUUUCCUCAGGGCGCGCCUCCUGCGGGGACUCGAGAAAGAUGCGAGAACGCCGAGGACGGCGGAGAGCGACAAAAGUUAGCAGGAGCCUCCCCUGCUCCCUUCGACCUCUUCGGCGACUUCUGCGCGACCUCCGCAGCUGCAGCCGCCGCACACCACAAGGCCGCGCAUGCAACGACCAGCCAGUGGAGUGCCUUCGCCCAGCCAAGAUAAGAAGGGAAGAGAUCGAAAAGAGGGGAGAUUCAGGGAGAAGAAGAAGAAGAAGAAGAGACGGGGAGCGGAGCAGAGAAAGGUGGAAGAGGGGAGCGAAGAAAGAGAAGAAUAAAACGGGAUGAUGCAUAGAUCACGAAUCCAGAACAAAGAGGAACUGCCGAGUGGAGGAAGAGUGUUUGCAAUGUCGGGGGAGGUAGUGGGUUUGAAGGGGGGCAUCAGAUGCAUGCGCACCAUGCCUGGGCGACGUUUGACGAACGAGGAUGCAUGCAGGUCCCUUUUCUUCGUUCUUUCCGACACCGAGGAUUUCAAUCGGCAGCGACGCUUUUGCUGCGAGUUCCGCGAGAUAUUUCGCAGGCGAAACGCCUGUGCAUUUGUGAUGUUCCGCGUCUCUCUGCUCUCUCUGCUUCAAGCCGCAUCUUCACAGAGCGCAAAAGAGCCUCAGGGAGGGAACGGAGACAGACGGCGUUUCCUCUGAGGCUUCCAGUCCCCACCCUUCCAACAGUCUCGACAUGCAGUCGUCCUUCCUCAGUGCGGUGUAUCGACCGCUGGGGCGUUGCAGUGGACGCGGGAGUCUCGAAGGAAACAACUGGAUGGAGCCCACCCUCGCCACUGUAGGAGAGAGACUCAUUUUCUGGGCAGGUUGUGCGUUUUCUCUUCCAUUCUGUCUGUCUAGACAGACCCAAAACGCAUGCGUUUUGCUCUCCCGCAUUCGCGGUUUCUGCGCUUCCUCAUCCGUCACCUUCCCUCUGCCUUCUCCUUCCCUUCUUCGGAUGUACGUACACCUCGCGAAAGAGGCAGGCCGGUUCGCACUCGUGCGACCGAGUCCAAGUUUUUCACCGCGUUACAAAUUGCAAAGAGGGAUUCCGAGAUGUGUACAAGCCAUCUUUUCUGAAGAGUUCACUGCAGAGAGGAGAACGUUUCUUGGGUCUGCACGAAGUUGAAAAGCAGUUGUUUUUCUCGUAUAAAAAUUCGCAGAACUUCGAGGAAGAAAGCGCGAACCAGCGACCACCGCGAGAUGCUCAACACACCUUCACAGGGAGUUUUCUUUUCGCAUCUUCUCUGCCUUUCGGGCAAAGGUCUCUCACGCCCGGGGGUCGCGCCUGGUGGAGGUGCGUCGCUUUUUAGGAGGAUGGCAGAUACGUUCUCCGCAACGGGCCUUCCAGAGCUUUGGCCUUUCGCUUUUGACUUGAGCAGGAUUGGACUUCGAGAACCACCAGUGCACCAGUUUUACACAGAGGGUCCGAAGUAAAACUUUUUCUCACAUUCGCUAGG